CACCUUCUUCACUUCUGGACUUCUCUUUUCCUCUUCCAGACUAAGCGAUGGCCACCUUUUCCCUUCGCCACUCCCUGCUGCUGCUGCUGGCGGCGCUCCUCCUCCUCCUUCUCUCCGCCUCCGCCAUCGAGACUGACCCUGGCGACCUGGUGGCCAUGCGCGCCAUCUCCGUUGCCCUCGGCGCCGACCGCUCCCCUUCCAUCCCCUGGUCCCGCUCCGCCGACCCUUGUUCCUCUUGGCGGGGCGUCUCCUGCUCCGACGACGGCCGCGUCGCCGCUAUCCAGGCUGGAAACCGCGGCCUCACCGGCUUCCUCUCCCCCGCCAUUCAGAACCUCACCGCCCUCGUACGCCUCGAGCUCCAGGACAACCGCAUCGCCGGCCCCCUCCCUUCCCUCGCAGGCCUCUCCUCCCUCCAGGUCCUCCUCCUCCACGGCAACAAUUUCUCGUCCAUCCCUGCUACCUUCUUCGCCGGCCUCUCCUCGCUGCAGUCCGCUUUUCUAGACGAAAACCCCCUCGCGCCCUGGCCCGUCCCCGACUCGCUACGCGACGCCGCCCCCCUCGUCAAUUUCUCCGCCAAUUCUGCCGGCGUCUCCGGAUCCCUUCCAGCCUUCUUUGCCACCGCCUUCCCCGACCUCGACCACCUCGGCCUCGCUUUCAACCAGUUGUCUGGCCCUGUCCCCCACGCCUUUGCUACCGCCCCAAUCCGCUCCCUCUGGCUCAACAACCAGAAGGGAAACGCCCGCCUUUCGGGCGACAUUGCCUUCGUCGAGAACAUGACCGCCCUCGAGGUACUCUGGCUUCAUUCCAACUACUUCUCUGGGCCGUUGCCUGACUUUUCCCAGCUCACUGCACUCCGCGACCUUCAACUCCGCGACAACCAACUCACCGGCGUCGUCCCCAAAUCCUUGACCCAUCUUCCGGCGCUUACCAAAAUAACCCUCACCAACAACCUCCUCCAGGGGCCGGUGCCAGAGUUCCCGCCCUCCGUCAAGGAAGUGGAUGUGGAUCCCAAAGGCGAGAACUUUUGCCUUCCCACUCCAGGCGAUUGCGAUCCCCGCGUAAAUUCCUUACUCUCCAUUGCCAAUGGAUUUGGAUACCCCACUCGGUUCUCUCAGAACUGGAAUGGAAACGACCCCUGCGGAUGGUUGGGGAUUAGCUGCGACGUCCAUGGCAACAUUACUGUGAUCAGCUUCCAGAGAAUGGGGCUCAAUGGGACAAUCUCGCCAGCGUUUGGAUCAAUCACCUCUUUGCAGAAAUUAUUCUUGUCUAACAAUAAUCUCACUGGGACAAUUCCAGAUACGCUUGCAAAGUUGUCAUCUUUGAAGGAAUUGGAUGUGUCAAACAACUCAUUAUGGGGACAAGUCCCGAUCUUUGGCAAGAAUGUCUUGGUUAAUACUGCUGGAAACCAAAAUAUAGGGAAGAAUGUGAUCGGUGGUUCCCCUGGUUCUGGCUUGGCCUCUGCCGGUGAUGGCAGCAAUUCUAGUUCAGAUGGAUCAGAUGAUUCAAAUAGCCAAAGAAGCAGGAAAUCUUCCCACGUUCAAGGAGGCGUAAUUGCUGUUUCAUUGAUAGCUGUGGUGCUGGGAAUUGGUAUCUUUGGGCUGUUGGGUGUCUGCUACUACAAGAGAAAGCAACAAAAUUUAGGUAGAGUUCAGAGCCCUAACACAACUGUGAUACACCCACGGCAUUCGGGAUCUGAUCCAGACAUGAUCAAGAUCACGGUUGCAGGAUCCAGUGUAAAUGGAGGCACAGCUGCAAGUGAGACCAUUAGCCGGACGAGCAGUGGCCCAAGCGAUGUCCAUGUUGUUGAGUCUGGAAACAUGGUGAUCUCCAUCCAAGUCCUUAGGAAUGUGACCAACAAUUUCAGCGAGGAUAAUGUUCUCGGUCGUGGGGGAUUUGGAACGGUGUACAAGGGUGAGUUGCAUGAUGGAACAAAGAUCGCAGUCAAGAGGAUGGAGGCAGGUGCAGUGGGGACAAAAGGCCUGAAUGAAUUCCAAUCAGAAAUUGCAGUUCUCACAAAGGUCAGGCAUCGGAAUUUGGUUUCCCUGCUCGGAUAUUGCUUGGAUGGCAAUGAGAGGCUUUUGGUCUAUGAAUACAUGCCACAAGGGACACUAAGCCGGCAUCUUUUUGACUGGAAGGAAGAAGGGUUGAAACCCAUGGAAUGGAAGAAGAGGUUAGGCAUUGCAUUAGAUGUGGCACGGGGUGUUGAAUAUUUACACAGUUUAGCACAGCAGAGCUUCAUCCACAGGGAUCUAAAGCCUUCAAACAUUCUCCUUGGGGAUGAUAUGAAGGCCAAGGUUGCUGACUUUGGCCUUGUUCGACUUGCACCGGAGGGCAAAGGCUGCUUUGUAGAGACAAGAUUGGCAGGGACUUUUGGUUAUCUAGCACCAGAGUAUGCAGUUACAGGGCGGGUGACCACAAAGGUGGAUGUAUUUAGUUUCGGAGUAAUUCUGAUGGAGAUGAUCACCGGCAGGAAGGCUCUCGACGAGACCCAGCCAGAGGAGAGCAUGCACUUGGUGACAUGGUUCCGGAGGAUGCUGCUCAACAAGGAUGCAUUCCCCAAGGCCAUCGAUCAGUCAAUUGACCUCGACGAGGAGACCUCAUCUAGCGUCAGCACGGUCGCCGAGCUUGCUGGUCACUGCUGCGCCAGAGAGCCUCACCAGAGGCCAGACAUGGGCCAUGCAGUCAACGUCCUCUCUUCGCUCGCGGAGCUUUGGAAGCCUUCUGAUCCCGACUCGGAGGAAUGCUACAGUAUCGACCUCGACAUGACACUCCCUCAGGCACUGAAAAAAUGGCAGGCGUUUGAGGAUCGCAGUUAUUUGAACGGAGCCACGACCUCUUUCCUCGCGAGCUUGGACAACACCCACACCAGCAUUCCGACGAGACCACCAGGUUUUGCAGAUUCGUUUACUUCGGCUGAUGGAAGAUGACUUGUAUCAUGACUUGUUGUAAAUUUAUUCACCUUCUUUUUCUUGUAGCUGUGGUGUUCUUUUCUUUCCUUCCUAUUUUUAUUUUCGUUCAGUUCAUGUAAUUUGAUAUGUAGCUCUUGAACUUAUUACUACUAUUAGGAUUCAGUUGAACUGGAUUUUGGAAAUGCCUUGUAAAAUUUGCUACUUUUGCUAAUGGAACUGUGUGUUUUGCUAA